UGAAAACCGACCGACAGAGGAAGACAGACGCACGCUCGCUCGCUCGCUCUACAACCCGCCCGCUCGCCUCACCGGCAUCGCAUCGCAUCGCCUCGCCCUCAACAAAAACCCACCCAGAGCGCUGAAUUGAGACCACGUUUACCGGCCAGAGUUUCCCCUGAAAAACGCCCAGAUGGAUAACAGAAACACUGAAGAGAAACCAGUCCAGCGGUCCAAGUCCUUCAGCUUCAAGGCGCACAAGGAGGUGUGCUCGUCCUGCGAGAAGACGGUCUACCCCAUGGAACGACUGGUGGCCGACAACCAGGUCUUCCACUCCACCUGCUUCUGCUGCAAGCACUGCAACACCAAGCUCAGCCUGGGAAACUUUGCCGCCCUGCAAGGCGAAUUCUACUGCAAGCCUCACUUCAAGCAGCUGUUCAAGAGCAAAGGUAACUACGACGAGGGCUUCGGACGCAAGCAGCACAAAGAGCGUUGGGCCGCCAAGGAGACGGAAAACAUCACCAAGACGGCGUGAAUACACAAAAAACACCACGCCCCAAGCUUUGUUUUCUUUCUUUUUUUUGCCCCCAAACUGGCCAAAACUUCCACCGUUGUUUUGUUCUUUAAUUUAGUCCCAGCUAAUUGAUUGUGACCAAAAGCCUUCUCAGCAAAGGCGAGGGGAAAUCUUACCAUGCUGUAAUUUGUUUCUUUCUUAUUGUUGUUAUUUUUAUAAAUGACUUGCACCUAUUUAAUCACGUCAGCAGGUACACUGUUUUACACCCACACACCCACACACACACACACACACAUGCACUCGCACUCAGGUCAAAACUAUCCAGGCUCUUUAUUGGCAGUGUCACCCAAGGAUUUUCUACAAACAUGUUACAAUAAUGAUCCGCAGCGGUCCCGAGCGCUCUGCCGGAAUCAAACAGGGUACUGUAAAGUUACCUCGCGUCUUUUUGGAAAUUCUUAUUCUUUCUUGAAUGAUUUUGCGUUUUGGGAGUGUCGGCCGUCCGUCUUCAUUGCAUGUGGUCGCAUCCCAUCGGCCUUAUUUUAACCACUGGAUGGGCCUUUAAAGUCAUAACGAUUGGUUUUAUGUCGUAUCCAAGCACUGGGAUUGCUUGUUUAGUGAAUUUAUCUGUACAUAGCGCUGUGGUCUGUUGUGAUUUGUGACCCCCCCCCAAUGGCCCCAAAACACCCAGCACACAUUGGUGCCAUCUGUCAUUUCAAUCAUUCCAAUCAUGUGAAAGCUUCCCCAAAUCCAGUUUGACAA